AUGAAAGAAAGCUCUCGGAGGCUCCGUACGCACGCGCCAGCCAACUGGACUCGAGCUGUUGAUAGUUCGUCAGUUAUUCGCCACGUGCAGUUCGGUCGAAGAGAGAAGAGGGAAGGGGAGAAAAGCGCCGCACUGCUGAAGAGUUGGAGUGUAACGCCAAUCCCAAGACAUCUUAUCCAAGGCGCCCACUGCUCAGCUCGUCCAGAAGACGCCUCUCUUGACCACAAGGCUCAACACGAACUCGUCUCUGCACGUGACAAGCCCAGACCAGCGCCAGAUCUCUUGCCACAAUCGUCUCUGUUCGCGCGCACCACAGGCGCCCUGACGGCCAAUUUCUGGGCGGAUCUCUACGACGCUGAUUAUGUCUUCUUCGUCGUCGGCAAUCGUAUAGGCAUCGCCUCCGCCCACGCGGUCGACGCCUCUGAGUUGGCCCAGGACGACAGGUCGCGCGCCGAAGCGACCCUUGCCCUCGCAGUUGUGCUCAUCGUCGUCAUCAGCUUGAUCACUCCCAUGGCCAAUAUCCUCUCCAACUUCUUGUUCAAGAGGAGGGAUAGCCAAUUUAACAGCAUGCUGUGCCGGUUCAUUAUCACCUGCAUCGAGUGGCUCCUCUGCUACGCAACCUCUAACCAGCUCAGCUGGGCCGUCUCCUGGCUCUUCGACAUCGUCGCGCUCAUCUUCUACAUUCGCCUGGGACGGACGGAGAGCAGGCGCGCGACACUCGAGCAGGAAGACGAUGUGGAGAAGCGCAACAACUCGUUCAACGCCCACGACACCAGCAACAACAACAACAACUACUACGCAGCCUACAACGACAAGCUGCAAUCCUUCAGCGCAACCGCGCCAGUGAAGCACUACGCCGCGCCGGCGCUCGUAGCUCAGCAGUACGCGCAGCCGCACACGCAGCAGCACACCCCAGUCGUGCCCUCAGCGGCAGCAUGCCGCGCAGACGCCCACCAUUCCCAUGUCGGAGCGGGGCUCUGCGCAGCCGUCCUAAGGCUAAAAGAUGAGCCACUACCACAGUCCCGACGGCUCCGCCAGCUGCAAGCACAAUGUGUACCAGGAGCCGGGCCAAUCGUCCUACUAGUAGAGCAACACGCACCCAUAGGUUGUAGCCGCCUGUUAGAUGGUUGA